GAUGCACGGCGGGACAGUUGGUGUCAGACGGAGUUGUCCAACACCAACAAUGCCAAGGCCAGCAAAGCCACGCGUGCAGACAAGCUGAAGACCAAGAUGCUCGCCGUCAGCGCCGAGCUGUCCUCUUUGAAGUCGGAGAUCGAGACAAGUGCAAAGGAGAUCGAUGACAUGAAGGCGUCCCUGGGAAAGGCCGAGGGCCAGCGCGCCAAGGAAAGCGCCAAGGCGAAAGCCGACGUCGUCAUGUACGAAGAGGAUCAGCGGGUCCUGAGGGAGGCCAUCCUUGUGCUUCAGCGCGUCUAUGGGGACACGGCGGUCAAGGCUGACAAAAGCGGCUACAAAGCCAAAGCCACAGGCUCCGGGGUCGUCGGCCUCUUGCAGGUGUCCUUGGAAAACUUCGCCGACCUGGCGGAGGAGACGUCGAAGGGAGAGAAGGAAGCCAAGGCGGACUUCCAGGAGCUCAAGACUACGACGGAGGUUCGACUGGCGACCUUCCUCAAGGACACAGAGUACAAGAAGCAGAGCAUCACGAAGCUUGAGUCGGAGCUUGUGAGGGCAAACGAAGACCUGGCCAGCUAUCAGAAGGAGAUCAAGGCACUGAGCACCUACUUGGAGGAGCUCGCCACGUCGUGCUCUGCAGGGCGUCCAAGUUGCUGCACAUGA